AUGUCAAAAAAUAUUUAAAACUAACUUAUCUUUAAUGGAAAGCAUAAAAUGCACAAUUUUAUUAAAAAAGAAACGAGUGAUUCUCAUAAAAAAGCAAAUAUUUUUAUCAUUAAGUAAACAUUAGAAGAAAAACUAAAACAAGAAAUUAUAAAUAUUAUGAAAAGCAUAUGUGAUUUACAAAGCUAAUUAUAUUAUUCAAUCUAUGUUAUAAAAGAUUAAAAGUUUAAUGAUUAAAAUAAUAACAGUAAUUCAUAGAUACAAUCUUAUGCUUAUACUUCAGAUUUAUAUAAAAACACUUCAGAUUUAUUUAAAGACUCUUUAAUAAACAUAGAAUUAUCAAAAAUAAUUGACAUUGAUGUAAAUUUUUUAUAGAAAUUAAAAUAAUUUUAAGCUUAUAAGAGAAACCAAUUGUUAAAAUUUGCAUAAGAGAUAGCAAAAAGGAAUUGGUUUAAAUGGUUUGAUCAAAUAUUGAAUCCAGAAAAUUAAGAGCUUAGAUAUCAGAUAUUUAGUCUUUAUUAAGUUUUAAAAAAUGUAUACCAUACAGUAUUAAAUUAGAUCUUGAAUUAAGGUUACCAAUGUGUAAUUUAAAUAUAUUAAAACUUCAACCCUGGAUAUAAUCUAUUAAUGCAUACUUCAUCCAUUAUCUAAUCUAUUUUUUGUUAAGGUAAUUGUAUUAAAAAUAAUCAAGAGUACGAAUAGAAUAAAAUUUUAGAUUUUCCGAGAUUUAUUUAUAUAAAUUUAACAGGUAAAGAAUCUAAAGAAAAUUUAUAAUUUUGGAGAGAGUUUAAUUACUAUUAUUAAAGGCACUGUUUAUAUUUUUCAAUUUAUUGGAUAUAAACUUAAUAGAAUAUGGAUUAAAUAAAAAGAGAAUUGAAUCCAUCCGUAAUAUAGACAAUUAUUCCAUAUUUUAGUGUAGAAAAUGUUAAAAUAUCUAAAUUUGAGAUGAAGAUUCUAUUUAAUUAAUUUAUCAAAAAUAAGUUGAUCUAAUUUAGACCUAUUGUUAUUUAUGUUGAUAUAAGCAACACUUAAUAUUUUUAAAUACAAGAAAAAGCUUUGUAAAUAUUAGUUGGAAAAUUAAGGAAAUAUGCUAAAGUUGUAAUUCACAUAAAGUUUGACAAGGAUACUCAAUAAUUAGAAUAGGCUUCUUUAUCAUAUUUGAGAAUUCUGAAUGCUUGCUUGUUUGGAAUCUAAAGAAUUAAAACUAUAGCAAAAAAAGAUUCAUAUAAAGUAAUUGAUCAACAAUAAAACAAAAAUUAUAACAAUUUUUUUGAAUAAAAGUUAUUUGGUAUCUAAAAAUCAAUGCAUUUAAUAAAUUUCUUUAGAGCUUAAUAACAUCUAAUGAAUAAAAAAAAAAAUUAAUAAGGUUAACUUUUUGAAGAUCUUUAUUUUGUUAUAAUGUAAGAAAAUUAGUAAAAUAUAAUUAUAAAACCAAAAAACCAUUAAAAAAAUAGCAUUCAUUUUCAAUAAGUUUAUAUUUCAUAUACAUAUAAAAUAAUAAUUUUAUUAGAUUUCUUAAAUCAAAACUUUUAUUAUUAUUCUGGAUAGGAUUUCUCAACAUCAGAUACAGAUUAUACAUUGUAAUUUUUAUUAAUAUAAUUAGUAAUGAAUUUGAGGGGAAAAUUCCAUUACGUUACGAUGGUAAAUUAAGAAAUGGUUAAAUAAUAAUAUAUGGUAAAAAAAUUUUAUUUGUAUACCCAAUAACAACUUAAGGUGAAAAAUCAAUAUAGGAGGAUGUUAUAUUAAUUUAUUGUUUAUAAAAAAAUAGAUGGGAUAGACUGGAAAGGAAUCAACUAGAAUAAAUCUAAAAUAACGAUUAGUAUUUUGAUAAUAAUGAAAAUACAGAGAGAUAUAUAUAAGAACUAAGAUAAUAACUUAUAGUUGGUUAAACAGUCUGUCAAAUUCAACAUUAACAAGAUAAUUUUUUUUAAGUUUUUGCUCUUUUUGGGGGUGAAAUUAUAAAGUAUUCAAAAUUUAAUAUUUAGUUCUUUUCAGCCAAUGAAUUUGAUAGAAUAUAUAUUUGUAGAUUUUGAGAAUAAAUUAUAAUUUUAUUCUUAAUUCAUUAAAAGACAUAAUAAUCCAUUUUUUGGGUCAAUUAAACCAUCACCAAAUUCAUUAGUUUUGCCAAUAAAUACAAACUCAUUGUUAUUUUAAAAUAUAGAAGCUGCUUAUUUAAUAUUAAGACCAUGGAAUUAAACUAAAACUAAUUAUUAUGAUGCUAUGUUAAAUCCUUAAAAUAUUAAUAAUGUUUAAAUCCUUUUUUAAUAUUGUUACAAAAAAAAAAAUUAAUAAAAUAAUAGAAAUUAACAAGAUUGUAAGAAUGUUUUUUUUGAUAUUGAUUAUUAAGUGUCCUAAAAUUCAAAAUAUUUAUUAAAUAUUUUAGAGGUGAUUAAUUCAGAUAUGAAUUGGAUAUAGAUUAAUUAAAAUAAUGAGAAAAAUUAAGAUGAUGAGAUUUAAUGGGAAUGGAGAGUUAUUUAUACUAGAUAUUGUAGAAUAAAGAAUUUGCAAUAUUUACUUAAUAAAAAGGAACCCAAUAUAAUAAAUUCAAAUACUGUUAAGAAUUAUAGGUCAUAGUUUAGAGAGGCAGGUACUAAAUUAAUAUCUUUCGAAUUUAUUAUUAGAUUAAAAUACUCUAAUAAAUAAUAAUAACCUACUGAAGAAAUUAAUAAUAGCUAUAAUUAAUCAAUACACCAAAGUGAAAUAAAUUUGAAGUAAGAAUAAUAUAAAAUAAGUAGUAAAUCAUAAUUAAGAUAAGUACCAUUUUUGCAUUUUAGUUCAAAAGAUUGGACACUCUAAACAGAAAUUGUUUGGGAUUAUAAUAUAAAUUGA